GAACUGAGAUCGUCAUGGACUCCAGUGUUUGUCCCGAGGCCAAUGAAGAUGUAAAGGGAAAAAAAGGGUCACUUACAACUUCAGUCUCCUCUACUGAUGCAACCUCUUCCUUUGCAGUGAGCAGCGGAAACACAGUCCCUGUUAUUUACAGCCCUGCUCACCCCUACACAUCGCUCAUUCCAGAACAAGCUGCUCUUCAAAUCAGUGGCCCUGAUGUUUCCACAAUUUCUGAGCCCAUUGCAGCAGGACCAAGUGGUACGGCCACAGGUGAUGCAGCAAUGGAGAAGGACAAUAAGAAACUAGGAACUGAGAUCACCAUGGACUCCACUGUUUGUCCCGUGGCAAAUGAAGAUGUAAAGGGGCAAGAGGGGUUACUUAGCGCUUCCGUCUUCUCUGCUGAUGCAACCUUUUCCUCUGCAGUCACCAGUGAAAACACAGUCCCUGCUGCUUCCAGCCCUGCACUCUCAGCUGCAUCACUCAUGCUAGAACAUGCUGCUCUUCAAACCAGUGGCCCUGAUGUAUCCACAAUUUCUGAGCCCAUCGCAGCAGGACCAAGUGGUACGGCCACAGGUGACGCAGCAAUGGAGAAGGAUGAUAAGAAACUAGGAAUUGAGAUCACCAUGGACGCCACUGUUUGUCCCGAGGAAAAUGACCAUGCAAAGGGGGAAGAGGGGUUAUUAACAACUUCAGUCUCCUCUGCUGAUGUGACCUCUACCUCUGCAGUCAGUGAUGGAAAAACAGUCCCUGCUGCUUCCAGCCCUGCAGUCUCAGCUGCAUCACUCAUGCUAGAACAUGCUGCUCUUCAAGUCAGUGGUCUGGAUGCAUCCACAAUUUCUGAGCCCAUCGCAGCAGGACCAAGUGGUACGGCCGCAGGUGACGCAGAAAUGGAGGAAGACUGUGAAAAAACAGGAAAUGAAAUCCACAGGGACUCCGCUGUUUGUCCCAGACAACUGGCAAAUGAAGAUAUGAAGGGGCAAGAGGGGUCACUAACAACUUCAGUCUCCUUUGCUGAUGUGACCUCUACCUCAGCAGUCAUCAGUGGAAACACAGUCCCUGCUUUUGCAAGUCCUGCCCGCCCCUCAACUUUGCAUAUGCCAGAAGAAGCUGCUCUUCAAAUCAGUGGUCUGGAUGCAUCCCCCAUUUCUGAGUCCAUUAUAGCAGGACCAAGUGCUACGGCUGCAGGUGACGCAGCAAUGCAUGAGGACAGUAAGAGACCAGGAAUUGAGAUUGUCAUAGACGCCACUGUUUGUCCCGAGGAAAAUGAACAUGUAAAGAGGCAAGAGGGGUCGUUAAAAACUUCAGUCUCCUCUCCUGAUGUGAGCUCUACCUCUGCAGUCAGCAGUGGAAACACAGUCCCUGCCUUUGCCAGUCCUACCCACCUCUCAACAAUGCACAUGCCAGAAGAAGCUGCUGUUCAAAUCAGUGGCCCCGAUGGAUUCGCCAUUUCUGAGCCCAUUGCAGCAGGGCCAAGUGGUACAGCCACAGGUGACGUAGCAAUGAAGAAGCACGGUGAAAAACUAGGAACUCAGAUCGCCAUGGACACCACUGUUUGUCCUGUGGCAAAUGACGAUGUAAAGGGGCAAGAGGGGUCACUAACAACUUCAGUCUUCAAUGCAGAUGCAGCCUCUACCUCUGCAGUCACCAGUGGAAACAUAGUCCCUGCUGCUUCCAGUCCUCCCCACCCCUCAACAUUUCUCUUGCCAGAAAGAACUGUUCUUCAAAUCAGUGGCCCUGAUGUAUCCACCAUUUCUGAGCCCAUUGCAGCAGGACCAAGUGGUACGGCCACAGGUGACGCAGCAAUGGAGAAGGACGGUGAGAAACUACGAACUGAGAUCACCAUGGAUGCCACUGUUUGUCCCGAGGAAAAUGAAGAUGUGAAAGGGGAAGAGGGGUUAUUAACACCUUCAGGCCCCUUUGCUGAUGUGACCUCUCCCUCUGCAUUCAGUGGUGGAAACACAGUCCCUGCUGCUUCCAGCCCUGCCCACCCCUUAACAUUGCUCAUGCCAGAACAAGCUGUUCUUCAAACCAGUGGCCCUGAUGGAUCCAUAAUUUCUGAGCCAAUCACAGCAGGACCAAGUGCUACGGCCGCAAGUGACGCAGCAGUGGAAGGGGACGGUGAGAAACCAGGAACUGAGAUCGUCAUGGACUCCAGUGUUUGUCCCGAGGCCAAUGAAGAUGUAAAGGGAAAAAAAGGGUCACUUACAACUUCAGUCUCCUCUACUGAUGCAACCUCUUCCUUUGCAGUGAGCAGCGGAAACACAGUCCCUGUUAUUUACAGCCCUGCUCACCCCUACACAUCGCUCAUUCCAGAACAAGCUGCUCUUCAAAUCAGUGGCCCUGAUGUAUCCACAAUUUCUGAGCCCAUUGCAGCAGGACCAAGUGGUACGGCCACAGGUGAUGCAGCAAUGGAGAAGGACAAUAAGAAACUAGGAACUGAGAUCACCAUGGACUCCACUGUUUGUCCCGUGGCAAAUGAAGAAGUAAAGGGGAAAGAGGGGUUACUUAGCGCUUCCGUCUUCUCUGCUGAUGCAACCUCUUCCUAUGCAGUCACCAGUGGAAACACAGUCCCUGCUGCUUCCAGCCCUGCACUCUCAGCUGCAUCACUCAUGCUAGAACAUGCUGCUCUUCAAACCAGUGGCCCUGAUGGAUCCUCCAUUUCUGAGCCAAUCCCAGCAGGACCUAGUGCUAUGGCCGCAGAUGACGCAGAAAUGGAGGAAGACUGUGAAAAACCAGGAAAUGAAAGCCACAUGGACUCCGCUGUUUGUCCCAGACAAUUGGCAAAUGAAGAUAUGAAGGCGCAAGAGGGGUCACUAACAACUUCAGUCUCCUUUGCUGAUGUGACCUCUACCUCAGCAAUCAGCAGUGGAAACACAGUCCCUGCUGUUGCCAGGCCUGGCCACCCCUCAACAAUGCACAUGCCAGAAGAAGCUGCUCUUCAAAACAGUGGCCCUGAUGGCUCCACCAUUUCUGAGCCCAUCACAGCAGGACCAAGUGCUAUGGUCGCAGGUAACGCAGCAAUGGAUAGGGACAGUGAGAAACCAGGAACUGAGAUCGUCAUGGAUGCCACUGUUUGUCCCGAGGCCAAUGAAGAUGUAAAGGGGGAAGAGGGGUCACUUACAGCUUCAGUGUCCUCUACUGAUGCAACCUCUUCCUUUGCAGUCACCAGUGGAAACACAGUCCCUGCUACUUCCAGUCCUACCAACCACUCCACAUUGCUCAUGCCAGAAGAAGCUGCUCUUCAAACCAGUGGCCCAGAUGUAUCCACAAUUUCUGAGCCCAUCGCAGCAGGACCAAGGGCUAUAGCCACAGGGGACCCAGCAAUGGAGAAGGACGGUGAGAAACUAGGAACUGAGAUCACCAUGGACGCUACUGUUUGUCCUGAGGAAAAUGAACAUGUAAAGGGGGAAGAGGGGUUAUUUACAACUUCAGGCCUCUUUGCUGAGGCGACCUCUUCCUUUGCAGACAGUGGUGGAAACACAGUCCCUGCUACUUCCAGUCCUGCACUCUCAGUUGCAUCACUCAUGCUAGAACAUGCUGCUCUUCAAACCAGUGAUUUAUCUGCAAUUCCUGAGCUCCAUGCAGUGGGACCAAGUUGUACGGCUGCAAGUGAGGCAGCAAUGGAGGAGGACAGUGAGAAACCAGGAACUGGGAUCUUCAUGGACUCCGCUGUUAGUUCUGAUGAUAAUAAAGAAGUAAAGGGGAAAGAGGGGUCACCAACAACUUCAGUCUCCUCUCCUGAUGUGACCUCUACCUGUGCAGUCAGCAGCAAAAACGCACUCCCUUCUGCUUCCUGCCCUUUCCCCUCUGUCGCAUUGCACACACCAGAAGAAGCUAUUCUUCAAAACAGUGGCCCUGAUGGAUCCACCAUUUCUGAGCCCAUUGCAGCCGGACCAAGUGCUAUGGCCGCAAGUCACGCAGCAAUGGAGGAGGAUGGUGACAAACUAGGAACUGAGAUCACCAUUAAUGCCACUAUUUGUCCCAAAGCAAAUGUAAAUGUAAAGGGGCAAGAGGGGUUAUUAACAACUUCAGUCUCCUCUGCUGAUGUGACCUCUAUAUCUGCAGUCAGUGGUGGAAACACAGUCACUCUCACUCACCCACUCUCAGCCAAUGUACUUGUGCAUGAAGAAACCUUUGAAGACCUUCCUCAGAUUAACAUGGUCAUUUUUCAGGCAAUCAAAGCGGCAGUUCACCAGCACAGACUCAACCGAGGGAGCAUGUCCCAGAGAGAGAAGGGGGAGAGCCCCUGCAACCAUGACUCAAGCUAUAGAACUGCAGUGGCUGAAGACACACCACAAAAAAUGGGUCCGGAUUUUACAAAUGACAUAGUUUCUUCAGACACCUAUCUUUUUGAUGAGCAAAAUUUCAACAUGGAGGACUUUGUCACUGUUGAUGAAGUUGGUGAUGAUGACAAAAGCCCCGAGCGUUAUACUUUCUCCUCAUCCGAGCAGUUCUGUAGAGCGAGAGAAAAGCAAAGCUCAGGUUUGUUGUCCACUGGCAAACAGACCUCAACAAGGUCUUCAAAAGACUCUAUGAGCUCAGGCUCUUCCUUGUCCUCCUCAUCCAAGUCAACUAAAGGUACAAACUCUUCUAAAUCCACCAAAUCCCCUAACAAACCCUUGUCUUCUGACACUGUCAGUAAGGCCCCUUCUUCUCCACUGUCUACAAAAAACCCAUCCUCCACAGGCCUUAAAAGGCAACAGAGCAGGACUAAAUCUUCAGUUAGAGAAAAAACAAAAGACACAGAGAGCACAGUGGCAAAGUCUGACCUCAGAGUGUCAGCAGAGGGCUUUUUUGCAAAAUCUGGUCAGUCAUACAGAGAAUGCGACAAAGACAAUUUAAAAGGCCCUGCAAGUGAGGAUACUGGACAAGAAGCCUUUGAGAUAUUGGAUUCCAUUGAUGAUCUGACUGCAACGGAAGAUGACAAACUUGAAGCUCCCAGUGAACAGAUAUUCAAAGAAGACAUUAGGCCUAUAGAGGAAGACACAUAUCGGGUAAUUGAUUCAGUGGAAGAUCAGCCGAUGACUAGAAAGACUGAGUCAAAGAUUGACAACAAGGAGAAAAGCACCGAGAAAGAGGAGGCAGCUGCUAGAAAAAUUAAUAGACCAUCAAAGAGGAGUGGCCCUGCAACCUCUGCAUUCAAAAGUGAAGAGAAUCCAUACAAACAUGACAGGACGGCAAGAAAGUACGAGACACAAACCAAGAUGGACACCAUUGCAGGGGUUUCUAAAAAAGACAAAGAGGUCACUGAGGAGGUGGUUUAUGAGGUAGUAGAUUCUGUUGAAGACGAACCGGUUGAAGAUGCUACUGCCACAGAAAGGUCUCAUAGAAGAAGAAGUGCAAGAGGAAAAAAAGAGGAUAAAAUUAUAUUCAAUUUCACAGAAGCGUUUGAAAAGCCAGAGGAGGAUACGUACAAGAUUCUAGACUCUGUGGAGGACGAGACUACCGAUGACAAAACGGCCAUUACGACAAGAUCUACCAGAGGAAAAAGGGAAAGAACAACUAAGAAAGAUGCUUCGAAUGAGAGAACACAAAAAGGGGACACGCCAACGAGAAGGAGGCACACUCCUGCCAGAGAGUCACAGGAACGAAACAGGGAAAAAACACCAAAGAGAGAGUCGAAAAUUCCUCCAGAAGAGAGCACACCAACAAAGAAGAAGGACAUUGUUGCAAGAGAGUUAAGUGAGGACGCUACCUGCGAAAUAUCCUGUAUGGAGGAAGAGGUUGUUAAGCAUGAUCGGCCCGCCACAGCAGGAAAAGGAAAGAGGGGAAGACCAAAGAAACAGGUUAAAACAACAAAAAAAGACAAAGUAACAUUGAAGGAUGACGAAGACGCAUCCGAAAAAGUGGCUGAGGAAGAAGAGGCGGUGUAUCAGAUUGUUGAUUCUGUGGAGGACGAGACAGUUGAUGAUCAGCCUCCAACAGGACAGUCUGAGAGUGCGAGAGAGGAGAACACUUCUAAAAACAGUGACAAGCAAAAUAUAAAAAAUUCAUCUCUUGCAGGAUCCCCCAAAAAUGAGGAGGAGGAAGAGGAAGAGCCUAUGUACCAGAUCAUAGAUUCCCUGGAAGACGAAGUUCAAGAAGAGCUGACAGCAACAGGUGGAUCUGACAGAGGGAAGGAAAAUAGUGCGAUAAAAGAUGAGACUCCUACAAAAGAAGAGGCAUCAGCUGAAAAAGAAGGUACACCAACAUGUGGUACCACAGUUGUGGAAGCCUCUGAAAAAUGUCUGUACGAGAUAGUUGAUGAUUUAGAGGAGCUAAAUGAUGUUCCAUCUGCUGCCGAAGGGUCUGCUACAAGAAAUGAGGAAAGCACUCUCAAAACAGACAUUAAGAAAGAGGACAAAUCAACAACCAAGUCCCAAAGUGAUACUGCGACACGGCAAGAGGAACAAAAACCACCAGAGAAAAACGAUACAACGGCAGAAACAAGCACUCUAGGGAACCUAGAUGAAGUGAGCGAGGAGGAGGAGGAUUACCCUGACGACACGGCCGAGGAGGAAGAACUGAGGAAGAGGCAAGCCUCCACAAAAGAGAGGCAGUUUGCCAAAGAGCGAGAAGCCAGGAGGAGGGAGGAGAGGAGAACCAGAGAGAGAGAGGAGAGGGAGCGAAGGAGUCGGAGUAACAGCAGCAGAGGAGGAUGCGGCAGUCGGGGAGGGACGAGGAGGACGAAGCAGAGGGGGAGGGAAACAAAGGAAAAGGUGGAGGUAGAUGCCCAAAAGCUAGUGACUCUGGAUGAGGUGGGAGCAGAUGAGACUGGAGAGCAAAGAGUGCCAGAGAGCCGAGAGUGGGACAGGGAGAUCACUGAGGGAGAGCAGCAAGCACUCAUCACUCUGGAUGAGUUUGUAGAAGAAGAGGAGGAGGAGGAGGGCAAGGUCGAGCAAAGCAUGCUGGAGACCCGCCCACUCAGCCAGGAGGACGAAUCAGUGGACUCCUUUUUUCUUCCACUGGAAAUUACGACUUUGGCAACUUUAGAUGAAGCAGGCGGUGAUGAGGAAGAGAAGCCGGACGAACAGCAAGCUGAGAAAACAUCAAGAUCUGUUAAACGCAAACACGAUGAUGACACAGGUGUGUGCUCUUCUGUCUAUACAUAGUGCUGCACACUUGCCUGGUAUAAGUGCUUGCCUGGUAUAAGUGCAUUAUACCAACAAGAAAACUAAUAAUAAUCUCCAUUUUAACUGUGUGAUUUCAAACCAGUAGACAGCAGACAGUAUGGCUCUUGGUGCACAGUGUUUUGACGUGCGCAUAAUGAUGUGACACAUCGUGCAGCAUGUGUGUAAAUUUGAAAUCGGAAAUGUGACACUGAUUGGUCCCAGUCACCGGUCAUUGUCGAUCAAGCUGAAAACGAGCCGAUCCCGGUCACCAGCCGAUCAAUGGGUGCACCUCUAGCCGUUAUAAUUUAUAUUAGUUACACUCUUCUCCUGCUUUUACAAGUCAAAAUGUCUGCUGUGAAAAUGUAGAAGAAGAAGGGUUUUUAUUUAUUCACAUAUACAUACAUAUAUUCAUAUGCACUUGCAAUAUAACAAAGAACAAAGAAGUGAUCAUAUAUGUGAACUGGUCCCCAAAGAAGCUAUCUAAAGCUUAUGCUCGGGGGCCAUUACAAUCAAAAAAAAGAAAGAACAAAC